GAGUCCCGCUGAGUGUUUCUUCAGUCGCUCUCCGGCAGAGCUCAGAGUCGCUGCAAUCGUCAGCUGCAGAAACAACGCAGGAGGAAAAGAUCUUCAUCCGUCCUUCCUUCACCCCUCCAUCCUUCACCCCUCCAUCCAUCAUGCCUCCAUCCUUCAUCCCUCCAUCCAUCCUACUCUUCUUAUUCGGCCUGCUGAGCGCUGGUGGCUCGCUACCUCCUCCACGAACCUCCUUCCUACUCCCCUCUGCAGACAGACCUCUGGUCUUCUUCAGCAUCCCCGACGUCCACAACACAACCACGCUGUUGCUAAGCGACGAUGGAAACACCCUGUAUGUAGGGGCGCGGGACACCGUCCUCUCAUUGGACGUCAGUCGGAGUGAUGUCAUCAGCCUGAAGAAGAAGGUGGAGUGGCGUCCGUCUGACAGUGAGAUCAAAGACUGUGAGAGUAAAGGGAAGGAUGCCACGGUCGACUGUCCAAACUUUGUGCGUGUUUUACAGCCGAUGAACUCCACCCAUCUGUACGCCUGUGGUAGCUACGCCUACAGCCCCCAUGAUGCCUUCAUCGAUGCAGAAAGCUUCUCGAUGGUCCAACACGCCGAUACUAAAGCUAAAGUCCGCUGUCCGUUCAGCCCCAUGCAGAAGAGCACGGCCAUCACCGUGGACGGCGAGCUGUUCACAGCCACAACGACCAACUUCAGAGGAGUUGAACCACAGAUUUCUCGACACUUCAGCAAAGACGGCCGCCAAGACGUCAGCCAGGACACGUCGGUCAGUUUACUGGAGGAGCCAACGUUUGUUAGCUCGGCCUCGGACCCGUCGGAGCAGAAACUCUACUUCUUCUUUAAUGAAGUUGGGAAAGAGUUCAACUUCGUAGAUAAGCUGCGGAUCUCCCGAGUGGCUCAAGUCUGCAAGGAUGAUGUUGGUGGACAGAGGACUUUGCAGAAUAAGUGGACGUCCUUUGCCAAAACCUCUCUGCUCUGUCAGGUUCCCAAACAUCUUCCCUUCAAUGUUCUCCAGGAUGUUUUCACGCUGCCGCCGCCAGAGGGCAGCAACGCCACGGACACGCUGUUCUACGGCGUCUUCACCUCUCAGUGGUCCUCGGGUCCAGAAUCGUCCGUGUGCGUGUUUAAGCUGCAGGACAUCAGAGCGGUGUUCACUGGGUCCUACAAGAACUUAGACUUCCAGAACCAGCGGUGGAGUACAGUGCUGGGAAAACACCCCUACCUGGGACAGUGUGGACUGGACAGCGCUUCAGAUUCUGAAUUAGAGCAGGUGAAGAAGAGUUUCCUGACCGCCAGAAGUGUGACACCGGUCGGAGGCGGUCCCGUCGUGGUUUCUUCAGGGCAGCAGUACAGUCACGUGACGGCGCUGAGGACCCAGGCAGCCAGCGGAAAACAGUAUACCGUCCUUUUCCUUCUUACAGAAUCUGGAUUCCUCCACAAAGUGGUUUUGUUGGAUCGGGGUGCGCAGGUUGUUGAGGAGAUUCAGGUUUUCUCUCAGCCUCAGCUGGUGAAAAGCAUCGUCCUCUCCUCCUCAAAGGGAGUUCUCUACGUGGGGACAUCGGAGGGCGUGACGGCUGUCCCGGUGGCCCGGUGCUCCGGCUACAGAACCUGCAGCCAGUGUGUUCUGGCCAGAGAUCCGCUGUGUGGAUGGAGCCGCACCGCCGGCGUCUGUACCGCCCCGGACGCCCAGCAACACGACAUGGCUCAAGACCUGGAGGACGGUAAUGUUCAAGUGCAAUGUCGGGGACAAACCAGGAACAGUCCGCUCCCAGCCACAGGCGUCCACGUUCAUCUGAACGAAGCGGUGAGGCUUCAGUGUCGGAAACCUUCCAACAUGGCCGCUCUGACCUGGACGUCCUCUCGAUCAGACGGCCUGCUGGACAAACUCUUCAUCCACUCAGCUGACGGCAGCCUGAGCUUCCUCGCCACCUCCGACACCUUCGGGACGUAUCGCUGCGAGGCGGAGGAAGGCGGGUACAAGGAAACAGUCGCCAGCUACGAGGUCCGGCAGAUCGUUCCUCCGCAGAUCGUUCCUCCGCAGAUCGUCUCGCCGCGCUCCUUCGGUCCCGAAGACGACCACGUGACCGACAGCGAAGACGAACCCUACGAAGACAUUCUCACCGAGGAACCGAAGACUUCUACCACGAAACCUUCAGGAGAACCAGAGGACUCCGGGAUGAAAGACAAAGGUGUGCCGGGGACGACCAAUUGGAGCGAUGCAUCCCCGACCGAUUUAAUAGACGAGACCGUCGUCGCCGUCAAAGCAGAUUCUGGGUUGAAGAAGGAGUUCAAGGAACACCUCCCCGUCAGAGAGAAGAGCUUCUACAGCGAGCUGGUGGUCGUUUCCCUCCUGCUGGCGGCCUGCGUCUGCGUCCUGAUACUCGUAGGAAUCCACGUGUGGCGCCAAAAGAAAACGGGACUCAAAAAGAUUUCUCUGGUCAGUUCAGAGGACGGCGGCAAAACCAACCAAUCGAUGGAGAGCGUUCCGUCUCUGAGCAGCCCCGAGGACGCCGCGGGGCCCGACGUGAAGGUGGAGUAACAACGCGGCUCAUAGUCCUACGCUGAACGUGCACGAUUGACCGUAGUUAACUCGCCAUUAAUCGCACAUUUUCUUAUCUGCUCUAAAUGUACUUUAAAGGGAUAUUGUUGUAGUUUUUAUUGCUCUUGUUA